AUGCCUGGCCAUCCCACCAUGGCCGACCCGCUUACCGUCCUCCCACCCGAGAUUGUCCUUCGCAUCCUCGACUUCACGCCCGUGUCGGUGCUUGCUUCUCUUACAUGCGUAUCACGUGCCUGGCACCAGUUCAUCGACGACACACACCAGGACGCCAUCUACUCGUCGCCAUCCAAGACUUGUCAGCCGCCAAAAACCCUUCAACCACCUGGCCAUGGCCGCGACUUUUCCUUUGUCCAGGACAACACCAGCUUUUCUAAGCUCUUUGCCAAUGUCUCGUCCUGGAAGGACCUAUGCAGGCGGCAGACGCUGCUGGCGCGUAAUUGGAACUCGCCGCAGCCCGUGACGCGCGAGUCUGUACUCCAGGUGGGCAACGAUGCCAUCUGGCGGUUCAAGACGGAUUUCAAACGCCGCUUCUUCAUCUCCACGUCGCAUGCUGGCGGCUUGAAUGUGUCGGAUAUGGACACCGGCCGUCUGCUCUGGCGGUUGCCCUCGGUGCUGGAUACCGCGGACGAGUAUGCCGUCAGGCCGUAUGCACAUCUAGAGUACCAAGAUGGAACAGCCGUGUUUGAUCGCGAGGGCGAUGCGGUCGAGGUGUGGCGGACAGAUGACGAGGGCGGUGAAAGAGGAGUAUUCAAGCGCAUUGCGGUGCUCGAUCACAACUGCCAGACAAGAGGAUUCCAGCUCUCAUACUGGACACUGGUGGUUGUUUCGGUCGAGGGCCAGGGCUUCGUAUACGACAUGAAGCAGGACCCGCCCAAGCUGACUACCCAUAUCAAUAUCGAGCAGGACGCCGUGGGCCAUCUGGAUCAGAACGAAGACAUGGUCGUCUACUCCAUGGGCACGCGCGGGUACCAUGUGUACGACAAAAAGACGGGCCAGUGUUUGGGUAAACUCCAGCCCUCACUUUGCACGGAAAGAUACCACGUCCAUCCACUCCCGCCCGUCCACAAUCCCACAUCGAGCGCUGCCCUCGCUGCACUACGCCACGGCCCAACUCGCCGCAUCUUUCCUCCCGCCGCACCCCGCAAAACCCGGCUUACCCCCAUCCAACUCGCAAAAGGGCCCCUCCCAAAUCCGCCUCAAGACCCAAACCACCCCCGCAAUGGCGAAGACGAAUGGGGCGCCGGCAUGCUCGACCGCUCCAGCAACCUCUUUGUCGGCUUCUCGCGCCUCGGCCGCGUCUUCAUCUGCAGCGAUAUCCGCAAGGCGCUCGCACACAGUAGCCCCAAAGAUGUCGCAACCCACAGCCAGCUUCUCGAAUGCGAUUCCGACGGCUCCAGCUUCGAUCUGGGAGGUUGGCUCUCCAUCCGCAAUCACCGCGUCAUGUUUGAGAUUCAGAAUCGCGUCUACAUUGUUGCGCUGAGUGCUGACAACCAGCUUGUACUUGAUGACGAUGAUGAUGAUAAUGAAGAAAAGCGAUAUUCGUAUGCGCUUCUUACGAGCUCAGCCCCGCAGCUUGCUGUUCCAGUUAGCUUUAUGGCGCUGUAUGACGAUGCGGUUAUGACGACGUACGCGACGCUCGGCCAGCGCCAAGAAGACAACGGCCACGGCCGCAUUUUCCCCACAAAAGCCAUCAGAAUCGUCAGUCUGGCGCCGUCACUCGACGCCAAUAACAACGAGCUUGUUGCCACGGCCCCCUGGGAAAUGCCCGCGCUAGCCCGCUUGUCGAGACAUAUGGAUCGUCCGCAGGAUGGCUUGUUGCAGCUGCUUAUGAUGUUUAAUGAGGGGGUGAGCGAUGACGAGGGGGAUGGAGAGGGAGAGGAGGAGGGAGAUUGGGUUGUGGAUGGGCAGAAUGGCGUGUCGAAUUAGUAGACUGUUGCCAUGAAUUCAUUCAUUUGUAGCUGGGAGAAGAGGAGUCCAAAUGCCCAUCAAUCCUGUA